UUAAAUUCUUACCAGAGCGGUUAGUGUCAAUCAACAACAACAACACGUGUUUCAGCUGUCAAAGUGGUUUAAUCAUGUCUCAGAGAAAAAGACGAUAUUACCAAAAUGAUGAAGAAGAAAACAGAUUUGAAACAGAAGCAUUUUCUCAUUUGAACGAUGACGAAACUGAAGAUUCAAAACCUGAACAUGAUCAGGAAUGGGGAAGUGAAGACUCAGAUCCAGAAGAUGUUCAAGAGAAACCAGAGACUGAUAGUGAUGAUGAAGCUCCGGAUGAUGUUGGUUUCCAUGACAGCAGGCAGUCAGUCCUGUCACAACUCCGGUCUGCAAUGAGACAAGUUGAUGCUGAGAAACAAAAGAAAAAAAGCAAACGGAAACAGUUAGAUACUCAGUUUAAAGAACAGAAGGCAAAGAAGCAGGAAGAUUUAGAGAAAACAAAAUUACCUGAAGAUUUCUUGGAAAGUAUUGAUGAUGUCAUACCUAAAAAGAUUCAGAAAACAGAAGGGAAGAGAUAUGAAGAUGGAAAGAAAAGAAGAAACAGAAAACCAAAAACAGAGGCCACAUUGGAGAUGGACUCAGCAAUAGUUCAGAAAUCAGAUGACAGACUUAGUGCUAACUUUAUUGCAUUUACUGACAGUGCAAGUGGUGUGCAGGUUGCAGAUUUGAAGUAUCUUGAGAAACAGAGUAAAACAGUAGCACAGUUAGCCGCAGAGUUCAGACACAGUAAACUAUAUGGGAAAAAUGUUAAACGAGAAAGUAAUCAGAAGAGGCUUGCUAAGAAGGAAAAAAGACGUCAUAGAGUAAGAUGAGACCUAUAUUGACAAUGUUACAUGAUUACCUGUUAAUAACGGUGAACUGAAAACAGAAACUGAAAUACACACAAAAAGAUAACAUUGGAGCAUAGAGAAUAAUUUUGAAUCAUGUUUGAUAAAAGACUUGUGACCGUAAUGAUUUAAAGAAACCAGACCAAAUAUUAGUUACCGGAACUCUGCAGAAUUUCUGGGGAUAGAAAGGUGGUUUUUCUGUAGAUUUGGUACUUCUGCGUCACAUUUACUUUGCCAUAUUUAAGUUGUCAAGAAGUAGAACUUCAUAGCUGGUUAUUGACGAUAUUUCUGCUUACUGUUCACAGCUGUUUUGAAUUGACAAGUUGCUAUGUUUAAGAAUAUUAGCAAAACUUAACCAGAGAGUAUAUCAUCUUGUCUAUUGUAAUUGUUGUGUAAAUAGGCUUAGCACGCAGGUCUGAAAUGUUUUUGUUUUGACAUACAUGUAUGCUGAUAUCCUGUUCUUUAUAGGCAUGAAAAUAUUGAAUAUACAUGUAUAUUUUG